AUGGCGAGCGACAGUGAGCACUCUCCCCAAUUCAAAGAGGUGCGUACCCUCACUCGACGAUGCUGUUCGUCCGGGCAAACGUGAUCGCUCGCUGACAUCUUGCGCUUGUCGCGUCGCGUCGCGUUCUCUCACUCGACUCGGUCACGACUCGUUCGCACACGCAGGCUCUGAUCCGGGAGAUCUUUCUCCUUCAACUGUCCAACAAGACCAAAGGUGAAUCAUAUUCUCAUCCAACCGAUCCCACUCUCACUACUAACCCAGCAUCGUGCUCGGCCAGUCAACGACGCGUCCAUCUGCCUCUCGUCUCAAUACCUGCGCCUCCUAACGACCGAAGCGAUCCACCGAGCCGCCGAAGUCGCCGAAAAAGAACGGGCUCUACUCUCUCCCGAGGAAAGAAGAGGCCCCGCUUUACUCGAGGUGAGGUCAUCACCACGGCCUCGUCGUCCUGAUCCGAGCUGACGAUGAGGCUGAGCUGCAUGCGGUGUACACACAGGUCAGCCAUCUGGAGAAGGUGCUCAGUGGGUUGUUGUUGGAUCUGUAA